GAGUAAAAGUGAAAGUGAGUUUUGUUGUGAGCUCUGGGUGUUUAAGGGGAAGUUUCUCGUCGCCUGCUUGGUUCGACAGCAAAAGCAUUGAAAAUCAGCCGAUUUUACAGCAAAGAGGAGCGAUGAGGGACAUUUCUACCAUCUAUAAACUCUCCGUGAUCGCCUUUGCGUUGUUGGGCGGUGUGUGUAGUUCAAGAUGCACGAUGUUGGAGUGCUGGUUUGUUCAGGAGAAGCCUGGUGGUGGAGGUUUCUCUGCAGGCAUGAGCCAGGAGAAGUCGGUGCUCUACAUCAGAACCGACCCUGCUAGCAAGAAGAGUGAACAGAAACCUCCAUCGGACAUCAGUCCCUCCAGGAUUUACCACGUGUCCGAUCCUAUGUCCACUUUCUGCAGCUCUUCCCUCCAUCCACCAGAGGGCACUUUGAACAAACCCCAAUGCGAGAUCAACCCUUUUACUCCUCAAGCCUCCAUGGUGAAAUGGGCGGCUCCUCUCACCGCUUCAGCGCAAAGCCCCAUCUAUCUGAGCGCCGACUGGUUUUCUGUCGCAGCACAAGGAGUUAACGAGAAGCUGACACUUGCGAACGUGAUGAGGGCGCCGUCUGGGUCCAACGAGCCGAGCGUAAUCCUCAGCAUCUCCAGUAAGACCUCCAGCGUCCGCUCCAGACUGGGAGAACCGGUGCUGUUGGACUGUGGGUUCUGGGUCGACCCAUCUUCACCCCUGCAUGGUUCUGGCUUUGCUGUGGAGUGGCGCUAUCAGUUCCGUGGCGAGGGCAGGCUGGUCGUGGCCUACGACGCAAAGAACGAUCGCUUCGCCGAGACAUCCGAGACAGACGCCGAACUGGACAUCGUGGGUCUUUACGACACAGGAAACGCAUCACUGGUUCUGAAAGAGGCCCAAGUGAGACAUGCUGGGACAUACAUCUGCACCGUUUACCUGCCUCACCUUCUGGCUCAGGUGGCCCUGGAGCUGGAGAUAGUGGAGCCUCCAUCACUAGCGAUCUACCCAUCCCCUCUGCCUCUGUCUGUCCCGGGGCAGGUGGUGACGGUCCACUGUGAGGCCUCUGGGUUCUAUUCCCUGUCUCUGGACCUGAACUGGGAGUUCACUGAUGCUGAGGGGAAGAAGCGCUCGCUGGGUCAGGGCAGCGUGACGGGCCACAGGCAGGCCAGAGACGGGACCUACAGCCAGAGCUCUCGCUUAGAGCUCGACUCGUUUAAACUGGGAAUCGGGCGGGGCGGCGAGCUAAGUUGUGUGGCCAAGCACCAGGGAGGAACUCGACGGGCAACUGUGAUUCUGAAUGUUAUCGGAGUCAGUGCUCCAUCUAUUGAGGACUCCAUGGCCAUGGUCGCUGUGGCUCUGGUGCUUUAUGGAGUGAUCAAAGUCUUUUUCUGGACUUUAAGCUCUAACGGCACGGGUAACGGAGACUCCACUGAAAAGAAGGAAAAAUAACCCUCGAGCUCGAUGAGUCCGGCUGGAUGCUUCAUCAGUUCUCAGAUGCUGAGAAAUAUUACAAAAAAACUAAAAAUGUAAAUAAUGCUUUGUGAAUUGGAUGUACAUGCUGUGAUUUGUCUUUAAAAAAAACCAAACUAUUCCUUCUUCCUGUAGGUUUCAUUUGCACUUGUGUUAAAGUUAUAUUUGUGUUUAAAUGUAUAUGAUGAAAUAGAAAUAAUGUGUGCUGGGUGAGGUCAGGGUCCUUCCUGUACAUUUUUAAUAAAAUAAAAAAAAGUAAUAAAGAAAUAACACAAAA